AUGUUUUCCACAAAAUUUUUAAUCGCGUUCGCGCUUUACAGUCUGGUCUUGGACACCGCUUCGGGAAAACCGUUUGCCGAAGGACUGAUAGCGUGCAAGAGAAGCGAUCCGAAAUUGGACGAAUGUCUGUUGAACAUCCUCAGACAGACUAAACCUCAGCUCAUGCAAGGUAACCCGGAACUGAAUCUGCCGCCGUUGGACCCUGUACACAUCACCAGGGUUUCAGUGUACAAGAACUUGCAAGACAUCCGGGUGACUGGAGAGCUAUCCAACUUGACGGCUAAAGGCGCCAGUUUGAUUACUUUCAAAUCUUUAAAAGUCAAUUUGAGAGCAAAUACGUGGGACAUGGUCAUAACGAUUCCCCUCGUCACGUUCGUCACGAACUUCGAUCUGAACGUCACGUUAAAUGUUAUUCCCAUGUCCGUCUUCGGGAAUGGACUGUGUGACGGAAAAAUUAAAGACUACAAGACGAGUUUUAUGAUGUUGUAUGUUGAAGCUAAAUCGCAGUCAUGUACGCCAAUGCAGCAAUAUUGA